UUUUACACAUCAGCAGGCAACGUAAGGUGACACAUAGACACUUAUGAGACCUGAGAAGAACCUACGAAUGUUUUCUUCCUCUUUGAAUGCCAGCGCCAGUUAUAUACUCUCACCACUGAAACAAGAACUCAGUUCCGCAACUGAGAAUGUGCUGCAAUAACUGCGCUGGAGAUCAAUAAGCAACCUGGAGACCGUUCAGAAUUGAGGACCUGUGACAAAAAUAAAUUAUGAUAUCCGUGGCGGAAUACCCAGUCGUAUACCCAAGGAUGUAUGCAAAAGGAGAAGAAAAGGAUCCUCCGGCCAGUUCAAGCAUUUCAUCAUAUGAGGGAAUCAAAGGUGGUGCACUGGACACGUCGGAUUCGGAUGCCGAUAACAAAAGUUUUCAUUAUUCUGCCAAAACUUUGCAGGCGCGUACCCAGCCGAAACAAACAAACGGAAAGCCGACAACCAAUGAGGACGACUGCAGAAUUCAGGAUGAAUCGGUAAUGUGUUGGUUACUAGAGCAGUUUGUUCAAAAUGGAACAGGCAGUGGAAAAACAUGUACGGAUAGAGUGAAACCAAACGCCGAUUCCGAUUCACCUGUUUGCAAAAAAUUCCUCUAUUCAGCUUCCAAUUCCCACUUACCUUUGGGUGGUUCUCCACACGAAACAUCUGGCAGCAACGAAAAACAACAGUGGAUGACGAGCCUCCCGUACUUGAACAAAACCAAACCCGAACAUCAUUUCUCCCGUCUUCCGAAGACAACUCUUGCAGCUGCGGAACACCACCUCCAGAAAGAAAGAAAAUCUAAUCCAAAUACCUCCAUUUUGGCGGUGGACAAAUUGUUUGAUGAAAUUGAGUCACAGAUGGCAACCUUGGAUUCUCAAAACCUGUUGAUUCUGAAACAGCUUCGUAAAGCCGAAGCAAUAAUUUACGACUGCAGGGAAGUUCAGCGAGCUUUUCUCCUCAGCAGCGCGAACCAUGCGCAUUCAGAUAGCCCAUCGAAAAAAUCCGGGACCCAUACCAGCCCGCUACUUUCUCGACCAGGUCUUCCCAAGUUAAGAGGGAAAGACGACGUCACAGCAAAGUAUGUAAACACCGAGAUAUCACAAUCAUCCAACAGGAUGUUUUGCAAUCCGUCCCUUGAGCACCACCGUUCCAAAAAGUUCUGUCAAAGACAGAAUGGUAAUGAAGCUGUGGGACCUGGCUCUAUUGGGAAAGAUUACAAAAGCUUUUGUCCAGAGAUUCCUACGAGACGUUUCUCCGUGUCCUACUACCCAGAACCAGAGGCUUCAACAACCGACAGCUCACCAGAUCCUACCUGUAUCCAGCACGACAGAUAUGCCUGUACUACGGUCUCCAAGGCAUCUAAGCCAGAACGAUCUGAUAGAGCACACAGCCUGUUUCCUGAAUCUGAAAGAGUGACAAAGUUAAAAAUUUUGACGCAGCAUCCUCGGGCCAUUAAUGGUACUUAUCAAGGUGAGCUAGUGUCAAACAGCACGCAAAAUCUGACAAUGAAAGGUCUCGUAACAAUGAUGCGUAGACCAUUUCGCCGAAAAGGAAACACCGCUGCCAUCGAACCAACAAGUGUGGGCGCUCCAAUGACCAACAAAAUGAUAUCAGACACUCGGUGCACCAGUACGGGUGAUGUAAAGAAGACCAGUCUUGGCCAUUACGAAGCAACCAAGGAAGUAAAUGUGAAAAAUGUAAACUAUCAGUAUGUGAACCGCGUACGUUCAAAUGAAGAUUUUAUUCAAGCCUACAACAGUGAAGCCAAUCGCACUACAGCCCAAACAACCACCGGUACACGCCAAACAAACGACGUAUAUACUCGAAGGCUGGUAUGAUGGAAUUUCAGAGACAACAGUUGUUCAUCUGUCAGACACCGCCUUAUAACAUUCACUAUUUGUAUUCGAAUGACCAGCUAAGGUGUGAAUAGACAUUACAACACCUUUUGUAAUGCGUUCACAUUUUCUUCACAAAUAGAGAUCUGCUAAUAAAGAGAAAUUCAACCGCACACUGAUUUUUU